AUGAAUCCUCUCAAGCGUCCAGCCCUCGACGAGCCUGACGUUGCAGGGACUCGCUCUGGCCACGCCUUUUUCCAAAACUCUGACGCUAAAUCAUCGUUUCCCUCAAGUCGGCUAAGUCCACCACUCAGCAUCGCUUCAACAUGCUCCUGUUCUCGCCUGCACCCCAUAGCCCAUGUUUUCUCCCUAUUUCCAAAUCCCGUCGUGGUUCUCGACAAAGACAAUUGUGUGGUUCAAACGUCAAAGUCAUAUCCUCUCCUUUUUGGAACCCCUCCCCGGCAUAUUCAGGGUCAUAACUUCUUCGACGUUGUCAGAGGUAGCAUCGUCACAGAAAACCUCGCCCUCGUUGCCCACACCAUCCAUGUCGCAGCCCAAUCCCAUUCUGAACAAAGGACUGAGCCACUUCAGCCCGGACAAUCAUCUGCUUGGUGGCGCCUUCGGGCUCUGCCUAUCUGCAAUGAACAUGAUGAGCUACUAUAUGUCAUCAUCGAAGGACAAGAUGCAACCCACGAGGUAGAACAGGCCAUUUCCAGACAGGCCAAGCCCGCUGCCUCUGAAACAUAUCGAAAUCUUGUCAGUAAUAUUAGAGAUUAUGCCAUAUUCAUGCUAGACCCGAAGGGCCACGUCUCGACCUGGAACACCGGUGCGAGCAUCUUAAAACAGUAUUCACGCGAUGAGAUCCUGGGCAAACACUUUUCCACUUUCUACACCCAACCCGACCGCAUAUCCAAGAAGCCUGACAAGGAGCUCGAACUCGCUCUACGAGACGGCAAAGUCGAAGACGAAGGCUGGCGGGUCAAGAAGGACGGAUCUCGAUUCUGGGCCAACGUCAUCAUCGCACCAGUCUAUCGUGAAGGUGUCUUGCAAGGCUUCAGCAAGGUGACUCGUGAUCUGACGGAGAGAAAGGCAGGCGAGGCGAGGCUGAUUGCUGCUUACGAGGAAUCCUCCAAACUCAAGUCUGACUUUCUUGCCAAUAUGAGCCACGAAAUCAGAACCCCCAUGCAUGGCAUGCUUACUGCAUUGGGCCUCUUGAUCGAUACCGGCCUCACCGAGCCACAAAGAGAGCUCGCCAACAUCAUUGAUGAAUCCGGUGGCAUCUUGCUACAGGUCAUCAAUGACAUCUUAGACUAUUCCAAGUUGGCCUCCGGCGCUUUCUCCAUCACAAAAGAGGCCAUGAACGUCGCCGAAAUCGUCGCCGCCGUUCAACGAUGUUGCAAAGUUGGCUCAGAUCACGGCCCAAGCUUUGAGAUUGCCAUUGACUCUCGAGUGCCUUCAGUCGUUCAAAGUGAUCCCCUCCGCUACCGUCAAAUUCUUCAAAACCUCGUCUCUAACGCGGUCAAAUUCACCGAGCACGGUUACAUCCGUCUUGCCGUAGCCGUCAGCCACGAGGAUGAUGAGUCGUACUGCCUGAGGACUGAGGUCACCGACACCGGCAUUGGUGUGCCUUCUGAUUCAGAAAACUUCCUCUUCACCCCUUUCACUCAACUGGACAAGUUCUCUACUAAGCGUUACAAAGGUACUGGACUCGGUCUAUCGAUCUGCAAAAGCUUAGCUGAACUCAUGGGCGGAUCCAUUGGCUAUCGCCAAAAUUCGGAUGGCCCCGGGAGUACCUUCUUCUUUACGGCCAAUGUGCACAAACUAGACUCAAUUCCAAACAAAACCGCGACAUCUGUCCCCGUUCCCGACGUUGAUAUCCGGGAGCUUGCACAAAACAAGCAAUUACUCCUCGUUGAAGACAACGUUAUCAAUCAGACAGUAAUGGUGAGACUUCUGAAUGGCUUUGGCUUUGCAAGAGUUGAUGUUGCCGCCGAUGGCGCCGAGGGACUAAAGCUCAUCAAGCAGAAGCCAUUGACGUACAGCAUCGUACUCAUGGACAUCAGCAUGCCGGUCAUGGACGGAGUCACUGCCACACAACAGAUCAGGGCCUCGGGCUCCCAGGUCCCCAUUAUUGCAAUGACCGCUAAUGCUCUCAAGGGCGAUGAAGAAGCUUAUCUAGCAAAAGGCAUGAACGGCUAUGUCGCCAAGCCUGUGGACCAGAGGCUGUUGUUACAAACAUUGAUACGCUGGUUGCGCUGA